CCAAAAUUCCCUUAAAACCAAUUGCUUAAAAAAUAAUCUCUCACAUUGCAUCCUCACUUUGUCAUUGUCAUUGUCAUUGAACCUUCUCACUCUCACUCGUUGCCCUGCCAAUUUCUCUUAUUCCCAUAUCCAUCAUUUGACAAAAUCAAACCACCUUCAUCCCCUUCCCUUACCUUUCAAGCUAACAAGUAAAUUCCCCAGUCCCUAUACCAACCCAAAAAAUAUCAUAACAUGCCACACAAACACAACAACACAACCACAUUACAUUAACAAACAAAAAAAAAAUGAAGAACCGUUAUUAUUAUCCUCUCCAACAAAGAAAACUAUUCAUAGGAUUAACAACAAUUGGAUUAAUAGUAGCUGCAUUGUUCAUAGCCACAGCGAUCACAACCUUCGGUACAUCCUCAUCACUACAUUGUCCAAUCUCCUCCUCGAUCCGAGCCCGAUCAAACGAGGACAACAAUCCCUCACCGAUCCAACUAAGAGCCAUUCUUCACUACGCCACAUCACGUGUUGUUCCUCAACAAUCGGUCUCAGAGAUCAAGAUCAGUUUCGAUGUCUUAAAAACCUACGAUCGACCAUGCAACUUUCUUGUCUUCGGACUUGGCCAUGAUUCUCUCAUGUGGGCUUCGUUUAACCCAGGUGGCAACACAUUAUUCCUUGAAGAAGAUCCUAAAUGGGUUCAAACCGUUCUUAAAGAUGCACCGGGCCUUCGAGCCCAUACCGUUCGUUAUCGAACCCAGCUUCGUGAAGCCAGCAAACUCAUCUCCUCCUACCGCAAGGAACCUAUGUGUUCACCUUCUAAAGCUUUUCUACGUGGAAACAAAGCAUGCAAGCUUGCGCUUGAGAAUUUACCCGAUGAGGUUUACGAUACGGAGUGGGAUCUUAUUAUGAUCGAUGCGCCGAAAGGGUAUUUCGCGGAGGCGCCGGGGAGAAUGGCGGCGGUGUUUUCAGCUGCUGUUAUGGCGAGGAAUAGGAAGGGAUCUGGUGUGACGCAUGUGUUUUUGCAUGAUGUGGAUCGUAGGGUUGAGAAACUUUAUGCUGAUGAGUUUCUUUGUAAGAAGAAUUUGGUUAAAGGUGUUGGAAGGCUUUGGCAUUUUCAGAUAGCACCGUUUAAUGGCACUGAUUCUCCUCGUUUCUGUUAAACUUGUUGUGAUCGUUGUCACUGUUCAUCAUUAUUUUUUUGUUGUUUUUUGUUUCACACAUAAUGCCACGGAUAGGAACAGAGUAACAUGUGUAACAGAGUUACGUUAUAUUUCUUUAUUGGUUGAUAUUCCAUAAGAACGUUACAUUUUUUGUAUCAUUACAAUACUAUAGUAUGUUAACUUGUGUAUUAUUACGUUAUUCCAAAAUUUGGCGACAAAGGGAAUCACCGACUUAUGGAGGAUUGUAGAUGGUGACAUGUCACUGCACCUUCCUUUUACCGACAGGAAUGGGCACAUGCGAAUAAUCUAUUUUCCUUUUCUAUUUAAGGUUUCGAUGUUGCUGGGAAACUAAGAAAGGUAUGUAGUACAAUUUUUUUAUUUUUUUUUGGUAAAGGUAUGUAGUACAAAUUAACACUCACUCUAUUUUUUGGGUAAACAUAUAUUUUCAAUUA